AUGUUAAGAAUGAGACGUUACGAACAGAACAUCGAUAAAGUAAAACUGAUGCUCAAUGAUGUAUUCAAGCUCUCCAGAGUGAUAGGAACGUUCCCGAUCGACUCGGAAUAUUCGGGUAUCUCCAAAUAUAACCUCGCUGGGGGAGUAAUCUUUUACGUAUUAGGGAGUAUCAUUCUAACUGUGUCAGCUCACUGUGUACUACGCGAUGACGAAAUACUGCAUUCAAGAAUUCUUUACAUCUUUGAGAUCACACCCAUCAUCAUCUUCCAUUCGAUUAAUUUACUUUGGCUCGUUGUGAACAGACGGCUCAUGAAGCAAAUAUACGACGAGCUGAUGGAAAUCGAAAGUCAACUUUGUAACAGAGGUAUCGAUUGGUCAUAUAAUCCAAGUUGGCGCAUUAAAUACCUUGGUUUAAUAACAAUGGCAUUAUGUUAUAUUUUGUGGGAGUAUUACAAGUCAGUACGUGGCGUUACUGCAGCUCUGCCAUUCGAUAUUGAAGUUGAUAAGGAUAAUUGA